AUGUAUUCCGAUAUUGCAGAACAGCAACGCACAAAAGAGCAGAUGCAAAGAACACAACGAACAGCCACAACAAGACAUUACGAACAUGCCCUUGCUGUACAAGAUCGAGUCAUAAAUGCCCCCCCCAGUCUUCAAUUAAGAAGGUUUAGCAAUCUAGUAUGUGUUGAGAGUAACGAUACUGAGGGAGGAAUUGUCUUCCUCCAACGGAAACAUCGGAACGGACUUGAGAAUGCCAUGGGUUUAAAAUUACACCACUCCUUAGGUACACCGAUACGAGAUUCUGAGAAGACCGCUAGAUUCAAUAGGAAGUAUUACGCCCAGCUAUGUGGUGGCGCUUUUGCUGAUGUCAAAUUUACCAUGUCGUUUACUCCUGCUGCUGCCAAGGGUACCGGUGAACGACAUCUUUGA